AUGACCGAUCUGGAUCGUAAUUCAGUUGGUAUUUGUCGUUUAACAUUGAAAGAUGGAUUACAAUUUAUUUCGUCUCUACUUCUACCAUUAAUGUUAGGUGUAUUCACUGUUAUAAUUACCCUUGAACAACAACGAAUAAGCCAAGAACAACGAGCGCAAGAUCUAGCAGAACUUCGUUUGCAACGUGAAGAAGAUAUGAAUAAUUCGAUGUUACAACGUGCAUUAGAUAAACAAAUAGCUAGAGAACAACGGGAACAAGAUGAACUUCGGCGUAUUCAAGAUUUAAAUAUAUCUGAAAGUAAACGAGCACAUGAUGACGAACUAGCUAAAAAACAAAGAGAUCUAUUGGAAAAACAAAAACUUCAUGAGCUUGCUAUUGAGACACAAAGACAUCAAGAUGCUUUACUUAUUGCCUAUAUGAACGAAAUUUGGGCAUUACUUGAAAAGAAUAAUGGAUGUCUUUCAGCGAAUCCACUCACAGCUACACUCGCCCGUGUGAAAACACUAACACUUGCACGCCAAAGCGAUUCAACACGAAAUACGCAAGUGGUUCAGUUUCUCUAUGAAGCUGGACAAUUAACAAAUGGUCAACAUCCACUCGAUCUCCAUGAUGCAGAAUUCAAUGGCAUCGAUCUCAGUAGUACUACGAAAAAACAAAGUAACUUCGUCAACGAUAAAUACGAAGCAAAAUUGAUUGCAAACACACAAAACAAACUCGCACACUCCAACAUUACUCAAUAUAUGCUUGCAUCAAUGACGCAAGACACUUUGAUUGAUGAAAAUGAUAGUAUUAAGAGAAAAUUAUCAUCAUCUGCAAUACGUUUUUCUACGCUAUCAACAUUAGAACCAGAGGAUUCUCAUUAUCUGAUUCAACAACAAUAUGGAGCUCGUUGGGGAAUAUUUAAAUUUGAAGAUUCUCUUGGUAGCUAUUCUAGUGAGGAUCGACCAUUUCUUUACGUUGAUGAUAAUAUUGAUUUACAUGUUCUAUAUGAUUUCAUGAUCAAUGAAUGGAAAUUACAAACACCUAAUAUAGUCAUACCUAUUCUUAGUUCUAUCACACGUCAUAAAUCAUUCAAAAAUCUUAAAAUGGUUGAAGCAUUAAAAAAAGGCAUUAAAAAUGUUGUCAAUGCAUCUGAAGUAUGGUUUAUAACAAAUGGUCUUGAUAUUGGUAUACCAAAAUUAAUUGGAUCAACUUUUCGAGAUGAAAUUUUAUUACGACGAGCUGAUGAUACAUGGGCGAAACAGAUGAAUCGAGAACCGAAAGAACGUAAAACGUUAAUUUUAAUCGGAAUUGCUUGUGAUGAUGACAUUAAAGACUCUAUUAAUUUCCAUUCAGCAAAAGAUAAAUUAAAAAUGGAAAUAAAAGUACCACAAAAUGAACGUGCACAAUUAUCAUUAAACAGUGAUCAUACACAUUUUAUAAUAAUUCGUAAAUCACCCAUUGGUUCUAGUUCGACAAAUAUUUCAGAAACAAAACCAACAACAAUCGAUACUGACAAUAAACUGUUAGAAAAAAAAACUGAUUCAACUGAAAAUAUUACAAAUAAAUUUCGCAAUCGUUUUGAAGCUUUUUUACAUCAAGAAGUAUUACAACAACAAGUUAUGACUCCUACUAAAUCACAACCACUAACAACCGAUUGUCUACCGGUACUAUUAAAUAAAUCUAAUUUAUCGAGUAAAGAUGGUUUUCCAAUGGUAUGUACCUUAGUUCAUGGUACACCAGAAACAAUUGAACUUGUCUAUCGAAAAAUUCAACAAGAAAUUUCUAUUGUCGUAUUUAAAGGAACGGGAUUAGCUGCUGAUCUUAUUGCAUUUGCUUAUGAAGAAAUAAAUACUAAAAAUAAAAAAAUAUUCGAAGAUGAUUAUUUAAAAGUUGAAUUAACUCGAUGUUUAGUUGAUGAAUAUCCCGAAUUAAAAGAUAAUAAUCUUAAACGAAAUGAAAUUCGUAAUUAUGUUAUGUCAAUUGUUAAACAAGCCGAUAAAGAAGGAAGAAAAUUUAUAACAUUUGUUGAUGUUAAUAGUACAACACCAUCAUUAAAUAAUUUUCAUAAAUUUAUUCUUUCAGCUCUUUUACAAGGACAAAAAACUAUAACUGAUGAUAACGUUAAUGUUGAAUCAAAACAAAAUGAUAAAUUAAAACGAAUUGCUGAAUUAGAGCGAAAUGCUCAAAUGAAACAAAAUCUUCUAUUAACACUUGAUUGGAAUUUACCGGAUUUAGCUUUAUCAGAAAUUUUUCAACGUUAUGAUGGCGUGAAAUAUUCUAUACAUGAAAAAUUAUUUGAAAAAGCCAUACUCGAAGAAAAUCUUGAAUCAUUUGUUGAUUUAUUUCUUGAUCGAGAAUUUGUUCUACAUCGAUAUUUAAAUUCAGAAAAAUUUAUUUAUUUAUUUAAUCAAGCAAAAGAUAAAGAUUUUUUUACAAUAACAUCAAUUGAAGGAAUUUGUAGUUUAUCAGGAGAUGAUGACGAAGUAAGUGAAGAUUUUAUUAAAAAGGAUCUUAAUGAAAUUAUUAAACGUUUGACGGGUAUCAGUGAUUUUUUCUGUGAAAGUGAAAUGGAUAAUAAUGCUAUUGGAAUGUAUUUUGGUAAUAAAUCAGACAAAGAUAUUCAGAAACUAAAGAUAAGAGCAGAAAAGAAAGCUCUUCAACAUUUAAUUAUAUAUGCUGUAUUAAUGAAUCGACAUCAAUUAGCAAAAAUUCUUUGGAAACGUUCAUCAGAACCUAUUCCAUUAGCCUUAAUUUGUUGUAUGAUGUUUAAAAACUUAGCACCAUAUUGUCACGAAUCUUAUCUAAGAUCAUUAAUAGAAAAACAAGCCAAAGAAUUUUCCGAUUGGGCUAUAGGCAUUCUUGAUAAAUCAUCCAAUGAAGAUAGUAACAGAACAUUUGAAAUGCUUGAUGAAAAACAUCCAGAUUGGAAUUAUAUGACAAUUGUUGAAUUAGCUUAUCGUGCUGAUAAUCGAGAUUUUAUGGCACAUCCUGUUUGUCAAAAAUGGGUUACAAGACAAUUUUAUGGAGAAAUAACACCACGUGAAGUUUCAUGGGGAUUAUUUAUUUGUCCAAUAUAUCUAAAAAUCAUAUUGAGUGCCAUUCUUAUAUUUCCAAUGUGGUUUUGGAUAAACUUUUCUCCAAUUGGUCAAGCACCUUCGGUAGCAAAAAAAGAUGCAGAAAUAGAACCAAAACUUGAUGAAGGAAAACAAUUAGAUGAACAAGGCGAUGAAGUAGCCGUUCCAGCAUAUGGUAUUGCUCAACUCGUAGGACGUCAUUUUAGUGAUACUACUAUAAAAAAUCCAAAAACUACGUCUCAUAAAAAACAACUGAAUUUUUUCGAAAAAAUUAAUGUCUUAUGGUCAGCACCAAUAACAAAAUUUUAUACAAAUUUUGUUUGUUAUAUUGCAUUUUUAUGUUUUUUUACAUUGGCUGUUAUGUGGCCAUCAUGUGGAAAUUUACUACUUGAUUUCUUUGUUUGGUUUUGGGCAGCAACAAUUGCUUUCGAAAAUAUCCAUGUUACUUAUCAAAAAUGUUAUUCUCGAAGUAGUUUAUCUAUACGACAACCUGUAUUAGAAAUUAUCGUACAAAUUAUAUUUCUGGCACUUUUUCUUGGUUUUAGAAUAGUUGGUUUAUGGCAUUUUGGAACUUGUCAAAUUGUAGCAUCAAAAGCAAUCUUAGGUGUUGGAUUAAUUUAUUAUUAUUAUCGAUUAUUAUUUAUUUUUUUACCGAUCAGUUCAAAACUUGGCCCGUUGAUGAUUCGACUUCAAUAUAUGAUCACGGAUGAUUUUUUUACAUUUUUACAAUUAUUUUUAAUAUUUAUGAUAUCAUCUGGUGUUGCAAUAACAGCUGUACUUUAUCCACAUCAUCCACUUAAUUUAGAAUUAUUUUCAACAGCUUUUGUAUUUCGCGGUUUAAUGGCAUUAUUCAGUGGUGAUACGAGUGAUUUAAAACAUCAACGUGCACCAUGUUCAAUAAAUGCAACAACUAAAAUAGAAAGAGAACAUGCUUGUUUAAGAUUAUCUCAUGGUCUUUCAUUUAAAUAUGACAAUCUUUAUGCAUACAAACGAUAUGGAAUAUCAUCACGAAAUUGCAAUCAAACAUCAUGGAUAGCAUGGUUUUUGCUUAUACAAUAUUUCUUUUUAGCUAAACGUUUUCUUACAUCACUUUUAACAGCGAUGUUUGGUUUAACUGGAGCAAGAGUACAAAGUCAAUCUCAACAAAUUUGGUUGUAUAAUCGAUAUGAAAUUCUCAUGGAAUAUGCUAAACGACCACGUUUACCUCCACCUUUUAUUAUUAUUUCUUAUAUCAUUAUGCUAAUAACAAGUUGUAUUUCUCGAUGUUUGCUAAAAUUAAAAGACUAUACUGAUAAGAAAAAUGUUUCUACAAUUCAAACUCUGACACAAUUGACUCCAAGAGUAACAAGAACUAAUGAUACAGAUGAAUUUAAGAAUACAUCAAAUAAAGUAAUUCAAAAUCGUUCAAUACUUCAACGUUUACUUAGUUGUAAACCAUGUCAAAAAGUUAUAAAAAAUCAUCAAAAUAAAAUUAAUGAGGAUAAAAGUAAAUUGGAAAAUAGUGAAACUAAUGUAUAUUGGAAAUAUAAAGUUAAAGAAUUUUAUGAUAAAACACAAGCAACUGAUAAAGUACAAGAAAAACUUGAUAAUUUAUCUAAAUGUACAAUAAAUAUGCAAAAAGAUAUUGAUAUACUACGAAAAUCAUUACGACAUAUUAGUGAUCGUGUUGUUACAUCAGAAAAAUUACUGAUUGAUUCACAAAUAUUACUUGAAAAAAUUCAUUCAACAAUUAAACAAGAAAAUAAAUCAUUACCUGUAUAUCAAAAAUUUAUUCAUAUUUUAUCAAGAGAAUCACCAUAUAUUUUUACAAAUGAAGCACGAUUUCCAGUUACAGAAAGAUAUAUUCCUUGGAAGAUUUCAUUUGAUUUAUAUGAUCCAACAGUAAUUUCAUUACCAAAACAACAUGAUUGUUUUCAAGACUAUGAACGACUAUUUGUUGAAUCCGAUUUAACUAUUGAACCAUCAGUGACAACAAUGACUGAUAUUACUAAUCCAUUAAUAGAUUAUAAAUGGAAUCAAGUUGUUGAAUCACAACUAUCCGACGGAGAAAAGAUCAUUAUUGAUCGAACAACUUGGAUUGCAACUUCUGAAGAUAAAACAUCUUCGGUUUAUAGAUUAGAUAAUCAAUUAUCAAUACCUUUGAAUCCCAUGGGUCGUACAGGUUUACGUGGUCGUGGUGCAUUAACUCGAUGGGGACCAAAUAAAUCUAUUAUGACUAUAAUAACACGAUGGAAAAAACAUCAUGAUCAAUUUGCUGCUAUUGAUGGACAAAGAAUUUUAGAAGCUUUAGUCUUUAAAGAUAAAUAUGCAAAUGGUUGGAAAUUACCUGAAGCAAAAAUUUUAGGUAUCGAAUCUCAAUAUGGUGCUAUAUGUCGUAGUUUUCAAGAGCUUGCUUUUAAAGAUAGUGAUUCUGAACAUAGGUUUUCAUUUGAAGAAAGUGAUAUGAUUAAAUAUUUUGAAUCAUUUGCUCGUGCUUCACUUUCUACUUUUGAACCAACUGGAUUUAAAUCUCAUAUGGUCUAUCGAGGAUAUAUUGAUGAUUUACGUAAUACAGAUAAUGCUUGGGUAGAAGCAGAAAUAUGGAAUUUUCAUUACGAUUCAAACAUACCAUUUCCUAAUUUACGUCAAGAUGGUGUGGCAAUAUGGAAAGAUGUAACGAAUAAUUCUCGAGGUUUUCUUAUUCAAACAUCAAUUCUACGUGAAAUAACUCGAAUUCAUCAGGCUUUUUUUGAGUGA